AUGGCCCCGAUCCUCGACGAGAAGGAUGUGGUGAACCUCGCCAUCCGAUGGGAGGACGCCAAGAAUAAGCUCACACCGAACCAUACCCAGGUGUACGUCGGUGGAGGUCUUUGUUUACACAUGUUGACUUUCAGGGUCACGCUCAGCGUCGCUGCCGUUUAUGCGCUUGUCAUUCUUAUCCCUCUUGGCAGAACGGAGGAAGGUUGGCUGGAGAAGUGGAGGUCGAUAGCAGAGAAGGAAGGCACAGCCCGAAACCGUGCCAAUGGAAAUGCUAACACCUCGCAGUAUGGUUUGUCGAACGCCAGCGAGACUGAACUGACUACAGGCAUAGAGCUGCUGUAUCCCUUCAAAUUGCUGGUGAGUGCGAGCGAACGAGCUCAGCGCUCCAUUUGA